CCCAGUGAAUGUGUAUGGGCGCUGGGAUUUACAAUCUGGGGAGGAGUUGCACUUUCCGGUGUCCUGUCAGUGCUGUUUGUUUACCUGUAGGUGUGAGGGAGCUGUGGCAAUGAGUGUCUUACAGAGCAAUGACGUCAAAAGGCAAUGUCUCCUGGAGAGGCUGUUGGAUGCAGUAAAGCAGUGCCAGAUUCGAUUUGGAGGACGCAAAGAAAUAGCUUCAGACUCUGAUAGCAGAGUUAUUUGCCUGUGCGCUCAGUUUGAAGCUGUGUUACAGCAUGGCUUGAAAAGGAGCAGAGGAUUAGCAUUAACAGCAGCAGCAGCAAUCAAACAGGCAGCAGGAUUCGCAAGUAAAACAGAGACAGAACUAGCAUUUUGGGUUUACGUGAAAGAAAUUCUCAAUAAACAUGAACUUCAGAGGUUUUACGCUUUAAAAAACAUCACUACAGACAUUGGGAGAGGACGUGCUUGGCUGCGCUGUGCCUUGAAUGAACAUUCCCUAGAGCGUUAUAUACAUAUGCUACUUGGAGAUCCAAAUAGGCUUAGUUUCUUCUAUGAAGACUGGUCGUUUUUAUUGGAUGAAGAACGUUCCAGCAUGCUCCCAAACAUGGCAGCUGGUUUAAACUCAAUCCUUUUUGCAAUUAAUAUUGAUAACAAGGAUCUAAACGGACAGGCUAAAAGUGCUCCUACAGUCUCUGAUCUACUGAAAGAAUCAACCCAGAAUGUUACAUCUUUACUCAAGGAGUCUACACAAGGAGUCAGCAGUCUCUUACGAGAAAUAACUGCGUCUUCUGCUGUAUCUAUUCUGAUAAAACCAGAGCAGGACUCUGACCCACUUCCGGUUCUUUCUAAAAGUGUUACUUCAGAUAGCAAAACUAAAAAAGAUCGGAAAAAAAAGAAGAAAGUGUCAAAUAUCAUCUCAUUUGAUGAUGAUGGGGCAGAAGAAAAUUCAAAUUGUGUGGAUGUUUCAAAGAAGCUUGUGAGUAGCAGGGAGAGUUCAGAAGAAUUCUCUGACAGAUCCUCAGCUACCUUAACUCACUUUGAAGCUCAAUUUGAUUUGAACUUGCAUGAAAAGGACAGUGUUGGCGCUUCAUGGAAUAACGAUUCUCUGUGUGUUAAUGGAGAUAUUGGUUUUGAAAAGCUGGACGUGAAAAGCAUUGAUGAUGAAGACACAGAUGAUUAUGAUGUCUACAACGCACAAACUAUCAACAGAGAUAGCAAAGCUGAAAAUGCACCUUCCAAACAAACACCUGUAGAAAGUUCGGAGAACCCUCAGGUUUGCUGCUGGGCUCCAUUGCACGCCUUGAACGAUAAUGCAGAUGUUUUGUUUCCCGUAAAUGCGGCUAGUCCUUAUUCUCACUCUGACUCCACUCUGGAUAAUUUGCCAUAUGGAAAUGAAACGGAGAGAGCCACACUUGCAGUGGAAUUAGCACAGCGGGGAUCAGAUAUUCAAUUCAGCAUGGAGACCGGCUCACCAGCUCCCGUAAAUGUCAUGAGCAAUAGGAUGCCUGUAACGUCUGGGCCAGAAUCAUUAACUAUUAGUGAACUGCGUCAGGCUGUUGUGCUGUUAAUGAAUGCAAAGGAUGAACUUGAAGAGCAGAAUACAUCACUGAGAAACCUGCUUGAUUCUGAGAUGGAACAUUCUUCAGCACUCAGGCUGGAAAUUGACAACCUGAAGAGGAAAGUGGCAGAACAGGAGGAGCGGCAUGCAGCGAAGAUCCAAGCUUUGGCAAGGGAAAAUGAAGUAUUGAAAGUCCAGCUAAAGAAGUACGUUGGAGCAGUGCAGAUGCUAAAGAGGGAAGGCCAAAGUGACGCGAUCCCAAACCUACGAAAUAUUGAAGGCGAACCUCUUCCAGAAAUAAAACGAAUGGUGGAUAAUGAUGAGUUGUCAAACUCCUAUGAAAGAAAACUUAUUGAGGUUGCUGAAAUGCAUGGUGAGCUGAUAGAAUUUAAUGAGAGACUGCACCGCACGCUGAUUGCCAAAGAAGUACUUGUUUCUCAGAUGAGACAAGAACUUAUUGACCUAAGAGGGCCAGUCCCCGGAGACUUAAGUCAAACAUCUGAAGACCCGAGUUUGUCAGAUUUUGAAAUAUCACAUCGUGCCCUUAUAAAUGUUUGGAUACCUUCCGUUUUUCUUCGGGGGAAGUCUGCCAAUGCCUUUCAUGUUUAUCAGGUGUAUAUUAGAAUUAAAGAUGACGAAUGGAAUAUAUAUCGGAGAUACACAGAGUUCCGGAGUUUGCAUCACAAACUGCAAAGCAAGUACCCGCAUAUAAGGACUAUUCCUUUUCCACCAAAGAAAGCCAUUGGGAACAAGGAUGCAAAGUUUGUAGAGGAACGACGGAAACAGCUACAGAAUUACUUAAGGCAUCUCAUGAACAAAGUAAUUCAGACUUUGCCAGAUUUUGCUGCUAGACCGAACAAAGAGAGCCUAACACAGUUAAUACCCUUCUUCACUGACAUCCAAGGUAAUGGAGAACAGGUUGGGAAAAUCAGUCGAUCAAAGGUGGCUUCACGUUUUCCUAAAUUAUCUCGCAGUCACCAAAGAGAAUCACGGAACCUUGAGCCACAAAGUGGUGACCUCUGACCUCAACAUCAAUCCAUUGAAAAAUGAACUGCAUUCAGCAGACUGAUACAAACUCUUGGCUUGGUUACGUUUAUUGGGGCAUUUCUGCUCUUAGAGAGCCUAUGGAUCUCUCUGAUUCCACCAACGAUAUCCUUUAUGUUGCUUACACAAUAAUCAUUGUGCGCUCCACUUAAAAAUGUACAUUAACGACCAACCUUAACUGAAAGAUUGGGAUAUGUUAAUUAUAUUAAUCUCAUUUAGGAUAUACACAUAAUCUUAAUGAUGGAACAAAAAACUAUGAAACAUAGGUCCAUAUACACUAUAAUUAUCUUUAUAUUUAUCAGUAUUACGGUGGUGCAUCACUAUUAAGAUUGGAAAAUUGAAGGCAUGGUCCGUGCUAUGCCUCUGGGAUGACUCAUAUUGUAUCUGUACACGUUAUGGUUUUCAUCUUCGGACUGCCUGCUAGAUACAGCUUGUAUUCAAAAUAGACAUAAAACUACUAAGAGAGAAAAGAUUAUUAAAUUAUGGUCCUCUGUCUACUUUUGAAGGACAGCUUGCAUGAUCUUCCACAAACCAAAGCCAUGACAUCUGGAAGACCUGGUGUUCUUACCUGUUGCAGAAACAUUGUCUUUGUAAAACUAAAGAGACACUCCAGGAUGAAUUUUAUUGAUCAUGUAAACCCAGAUGUGUUUUUUUUUUUUUUUUUUUUUAAUAAUUGAAAAAUAUUUGGUGUUCUUGUAGGAUUAGCACCUAGUCUCUUAUCUGCCCUCUGUCCUAAAUAAGAACAUUUCUUGGAAAUUGGACAUUUCAUGACAACACCUGCACUCAAACUCAUAUAGAAAUAUAUUGUUUCUCAUAUAAUAUUGUCAUAUAGAAAUUAAUGGAAGUUUGUAUUUUUCUUAAGACUGUACUGGAAAUGCGAGACCAACUCUCCUUCACUUGUAUGAAGAAAUGUUGAUCAUGAAUUUUAUGUGCAUUCAGUUAUCAAUGUUGUGGAAUAAAACGGAGAAUGGACAGUGUUAUUUACUAAUAUGGGAACUGGUGGAAUUGUCCCACGCCUUCCUGCUGUCUUGCAUUUGGUGGGAUAAUCCAUAUUUAAUGUCCUGUGCGGCUGUCCUGAUGACCCAAAUUUGUUACCUGGUGUCCCACUUUAGGGAACGGUCUCUUGAGAGCCUGUCUGUGCGGCAGGCACUAGG